AUGGACAACAGAACCGGAGAACGCUUUCCAACAAAUGAAGGAAUGUCUGAUCCAGUUACCAACCUUAACAGCACCACGAAAGGAGGAACCAUUAGUCCUAUACCUAUCCGCAGCAGAAGUAGCAGUCGGCGCGAUGGCGCCUCAGACGAUGAUAGUGCAGGCGCAGGUCUUCGCCUGGUUAGCCCCGGCAACCACGAGCUCACAUACGCAAUACGCCUGGAUUUCAAAAGUACCAACAAUGAGGUGGAAUAUGAAGCAUUUCUUGCGGGCCUCCGUCUGGCACUCAAGAUGGUAGCAAAGAACCUCGAAGCGCAUGUCGAUUCCAACUUAGUAGCAGAACAAGUCAACAGCCAUUACGAUGCUAAAGGCGAAGCCAUGGCUCUAUAUUUGGAACAAGCAAGAAUCCUUAUCAACCAGUUUCAAACCUUCAAGAUAGUCCACAUCAACAGAAGUGAAAAUAAACACGCGAACGCGCUAAGCAAACUCGCUGCUACAAGCUUCAGACACCUCGCGAAAGAAGUUCGCAUCGAGGUAUUAUCUAACCCAUCUGUUCCCUUAAGACAAGUGAACAUCAUAGAGGUCGGGAAUCCAUCUUGGAUGUCGCCAAUCAUUACAUACUUGCAACAUGGGAUCCUUCCAGAAGAAAAGGCGGAAGCCAGGAAAAUUCAACACAAAGCAUUAAACUACGAAAUGGCGGACGGUAUCUUAUACCGCAAAUCAUUCAUGGGUCCACUUUUACGAUGCGUAGAUAAGACUGAUGCACAAUAUUUAGUCAGUGAAAUUCAUGAGGGGUUAUGCGGAAUCCAUGCAGGCCCGCGCAUGGUGGUUGCAAAGAUUAUCAAUACAGGCUAUUAUUGGCCAGUUACUUCAGCCUGGCCUUUUCAGCAAUGGAGCAUCGACCUCGUCGGCCCUUUCCCCGAUGCGCCCGGCGCAAUCAAGUUCAUAGUAGUAGCAGUAGACUACUUUACCAAAUGGGUAGAAGCGAAGGCUCUCGCAUCGACUACAGCCAUGGCGAUUCGCAAAUUCAUCUGGGAGCACAUUAUUUGCCGAUUUGGGUUACCAUUACGCAUCAUCUCUAAUAACAGUACAAACUUCACAUCAGAGGACUUACAAAACUGGUUCAAAGAGAUGAACAUUGAACACAGUUUCGCCUCUAUGGCGCACCUACAAGCGAAUGGGAAAGUUGAGAGUGUGAAUAAACAAAUAGUGGAUGGCAUCAAGGCAAGGCUAGGGACCGCACGUAGGGGGUAG